AUGAGCGGCCCUUUAGCAAGCCGCUUCCUCGCGAGGACGGCGUUUCAAUCCAUCGCCCGUCCCACCUCCCUAACGCGAUGCUCUCCCUCUCUCUGCCGGCCUCUCUCCCAAACCCCCAGCCGACGCGCCGAUGACGCUCCCACGACAAGAGCCGGCUCCGACCUCCUCUCCUCUCUCUACGGCGCGCCCAACCCCCCCGCCGCGAAGCCCUCAGCCCCCGCGGCAUCAUCCGCAUCCGCCGUGGGCCCGACCGACUCGAGCAUGAUGAACCUCUUCCGCAGCACGCUCGGCAAGGACGAGCAAAAGCGCACGCCCGGCGGCCUCGGCAGCGGCAAGGAGGGCUUCGGCGAGAUCAAGGAAGAGGCCCUCGACGCCCUCGAACCCUUCCACCUGCACAUUUACUCGCACAAGCACAACACGCACGUCACCAUGUCCAAGCCCGACCGCGGCGCCAUCGUCUCCAUGUCGUGCGGCAACAUUGGCUUCAAGAAGUCGAGGCGGAAACACUUUGACGCCGCCUACCAGCUGACGGCCUACGUCUUGGAGAGGUUACGCUUCGCCGGCUGGGACAAGAAGAUCAACCGCAUCGAGCUCGUGCUGCGCGGCUUCGGACAGGGCCGUGAUGCCGGCGUCAAGUGCCUCAUGAGCCCCGAGGGCGCCAUGUGGAGGCAGAAGGUCGUGCGCGUGGCCGAUUCGACGAGGCUCAAGUUUGGUGGCAGCAGGAGCAAGAACCCCAGGCGUCUGUAA